AUUUGAAUUGUGCAGGACAAGAUAUCUUGAUAAAUAAACAGUUUUGUUAGUUGCUUUAUCAACUAAUUAAUGAUGGGAGAUCCCCAAACGCAGAGGAUUUCAUUGAAUGCUGAACAAGGCAUGGUGGCAGAUCGGAAAGACUAUUUACUGAAAAAGCUAAUAGAUGAAAGUGUACAAGAAAUUAUUCUCUUUGGAGAAGCUAAUGUUGGAAAAACAUGGAUGGCCAGAGAAAUCAGUAAUCUUGCAAAAAAGAAAGGAAUUUUCCAUGCUGUUAUCUGGUUGUUUCCUAAUUAUAACAAGUAUGAGAAUGAUGCUCUUCUGAACAGUAUUGGACGUCAGUUAUCUAUGCUCCAUACUCCUGCAUCAUCUAAUGUUGAUGAUUAUGAAAACUCAGAGCUGAUCAUUGAUAGCCCUGAAAUACUCAAAAAAAUAAGGGCAAAACUUGGAGAGAAGAAGUUACUUUUGGUCUUAGAUGAUGUGCAUAUUGAAAGAAAUGUAGAAAGUGAUGAAAGUGUUGAACAAGAUCCUCUUGAGAACCUUAUUGAUAAAGUGAAAUCCUUGUUAAAUCCUAAUGAGAAAAAAAUCAAGGUUUUGAUUACCAUGAGAUGCUCUAAUCCCUCUGAAUCUCUUAAGCUCCCUAACCCAGUAUUUUUUAAGGUGGAACCUAUGCACGAGCAAGAUGCAACAAAUUUACUGCUCUUAUUGCUUAGACGAGCAGAAAUAAAUAUCUCACAAGACUUAGCUAAAAGAAUUGUUGAAAAGACUUAUUGUUUGCCACCUGCAAUCAUCUUGAUGGCGAAGAUCUUGAGUUUCUUUCCACAUCAUGCUUCUGAAGAAGAGUUGUUAACGAAUUUGCCAACGACAUGUGAAUACUCUUAUGUUGUAAGUUACUUCCUUACCGAACUAUUGCGCAAUGGGUAUGCUAACUCUUUGCCUGCUAGUGUGCUAAUUGAUUGCUGUUGGAAAGAUAACCACUUUUUUCGUGAUCGUAAAAGUGUGCACCAUAAUGAGUUGAUAGCUCAUUGGAUGCUUGAAGGAUAUCUUGGUCCGAUAGAUUUUAUGGAGAAGACAUAUGAGAGGGGACACGAUAUUCUGCUUGAACUCAUGGAUUGUCAAAUAUUGAAGAAAGUUGAGUCUGAUCAUGUUGCAAUUGUAAAAGUACCGAUUGAUUUGGAUGAUAUCGUGCCAAGUUUGGGAAACAACCGGAUGGGUGGAUAUGGUGGAACUGCCAAUCUAGGGUUGGCUAGUGUAUUUCAAGUUGGUGAUUGGAGAGGAAUUGGGAGAAUCUUCCAGAAAGAUGGUACUAUGAAAACAGUUAGCAAGUCUGCUCUAUUGGUUGAUGGAAACUGUCUUGACAGGGCAGUUGGUGGUGAUCUGUUUAAAUCUGUGGAUGAUCUUGAAGUUCUUGGGCUCAACAACCCUACAUACAGAUCAUGGCCCUCCACAUUAACUAAGAUGCCCAAUCUCCGUAUACUUUCUAUGAGAGGAUGUGAUUUCUUGCAUCAAAUAAAAUUGGAUCUGAAUUUUGAAUUACUUACUGCUCUCGAGAUAUCUGGUGCUACCUCAUUGAGAAAUCUUGCAGAUGAUUUCUUUGCAAAAAUGAAAAAAGUUCGGAGUAUCAAUUUUUCUGGGUUGCAGAUAGAUAAAUUACCUUCGUCACUGUAUGAACUUGUUGAGCUAAGCUGGCUAAUUCUUAGAAAUUGUUCUAAUUUGAAAGAACUACAAAGUUUGAAAAAAAUGACCAAUCUCAUGGUGCUUGAUCUUUGCGGUGCUUCAUCUUUGGAGAAAUUAGAAGACAAGAGGUUCUAUGUGAAUACAAAUAUUCAAUCACUUAAUUUUUCUGGCACAAGGAUUACAUCAUUGCCACUGCUUAGUUCCCUUAAAGCUCUCACUCAUCUAUUGUUAAAAGGCUGUUCGGAGUUAGACAGACUGCGUGGUAUUAGUUCAGUAUCUAGUCUUCAAAUUAUUGACCUUUCAAUGUGUACUAGUUUUAAUGAAUUCCAUGACCACUCACUUCAAGGAAUUCAAGCUCUCAAGGUACUUGAUCUAUCUGGAACUGCUGUUAUUCGUGUACCUUCCUUGAGCAAUCCUCAAUAUCUUAACUUGAGAGGUUGCAAAAUGUUGGUUAACACUUCCUACCUUGAUAAUAUCAAACACAUUGAAAUACUUGAUCUUUCGGGGACAAAAUCUACAAACCUUCAGUCCAUCUCAAAUCUGCGUGAUGUUCGUCAGCUGUUACUGUCAAGUUGUUUGUUUCUACAAGAGCUGCCAAAUCUAAGUCUGCUUACAAAGCUUGAGGUGCUAGAUCUUUCUGGCUGUACUGCUUUGACCAUGAUACCAGAAAAUUCCUUCCUAUCUAAGCCCAAGCUUCAGAAACUAGAUCUUUCUAAAACUAAGAUUAAGAAACUUCCAUCCAUUUCUAAUCUUAACAAGCUUCUUUAUUUUUCCCUUGAUGGAUGUACAGCUCUAGAAAAGAUUGUUGUUAACUCCCUGGAAGAAAUGAACAGCAUACAGUAUCUCAAUCUUUCUGAAACACAGCUCAAAUUGCCAUCAUCCAUGCUAAACAUUACAGAUCUUCGCGAGCUGUACUUAAGGGAAUGCAAGGAUAUUGUUGAAGUGCCAAAUUUGGAGAAUUUUACAAAGCUUGAGAUUUUGGAUUUGUCUGGUAGUGGUAUCCGUCAGCUGCCAUCCUUAAAGAAUCUUAGUAAACUCCGUCAGCUCCUACUUGUAGAUUGUUUUAGUUUGUCGAAGUUCCAAAUGGAGAUAAAUCAUCUGUUUGGAACAGGUAUAGCAGAUCUACCAUAUGAUAUCUCUAUACUAACUCAACUUGAGCAACUUGUGUUGCCCAGCAAGAAUAAUACUGAAAGUGCUUCUAGCAGUCAGGCUGAGUUGUUGAAUCAAUGUGAUUGGAUCAUCUCUGUACUGCGAGUAGAAAUAAGUGGAGGAGGAUAUGAACUUCUUCCAUCUAUUAGUGGCUUUCGAUUUACACAGCUUUUGGAGACAGAUCCCUCAAUGUGGAAAAAUAUGCAUUUUGUUGCUAUUCCCCUCAUGGAGCCAUAUGGAAGUAAUGUUCUGUCCUUCAAACAAGAUAACUAUGCAUUUAGAGAUAUUUAUUUCAAGACCCGACACUUUAAUGUUGAUUCCUCUGAUGCGAAAUCAUUGGAGAUUCGUGGAUUCAAAUGUUUUCCUGUCGAGAUGGAACCAGUCAUGCAACUUGCUGAGUUUGUAUUUUUAGUCGACAAUACAUUUCAACCUAAGCUCUCAUAUUUUAAAAAUACAAAAGGUUGUUGGAUUGAGAGAUGCAAAAACAUAUGCCAGGUAUUUGAUUGGGAUGGGGAAAACCAGAUUACUGACCUCAAGAGAGGAUUGGAGGUUUUGUGGGUGUCUAAUACAUCUGAUUUGAAAUACAUUUGUAAUCUAUCUGUGCUGCCCAAGUUCAUUGAAAACCUUACACAUCUUUACCUCGAAUCUUGUCCAAAUUUGUCCUCAGUUUUCUCUACAUGUCAACCUCCUGUAAAUCUGAAAGUGCUUCAGAUUAAAUUUUGUGAUGCCUUGGAAAACAUAUUGGGACAAAAGUCUGAAGAACCUGAGUUCCUUCAUCUCGAGAUUUUGCAUUUGUGGGAGCUACCGAAGUUAGAGAGAAUAGGUGGAAAAUUGCCAUCCCUAAAAAAUAAGAUAAUUGAAAUGUGUCCGAAACUGCCCCCGGAAUUAGAAGCCAGUGUUUCUGAAGAUCAGGUUUUGUCAUAAACUUAUGACUGUGUUUGCAAAAUAUGGUCAAGUUCCAUCUAUUGAAAUUCAGAUUCUUAUCCAAGACUUGUAUCAUUUGUGUAGGGUUGGAACAUUCGAGGGCAGAGUAAUCUUCUGCCUCUCUUACCGAUUCUUUAAGGUAUUACGUUCUUCGAUUCUCAUUUAAAGAGGUGUAAAGGAAGAGCCGUCUUUGAUGUUGGUGAUCCAAAAGUUAAAAAGAUGAUUUGAUUUAAUCGUGUAAUUAGUUUCAUCUCAAUAAUGAAUACUCCAAAUAAUGUGUGGUAAGACUUAAAAAAUUGUAAUUUUAUGUAUUUGUAUAGGUAAAUCUGAUUAUGUUUUGAUCA